UAUGGCUUUGCACGUCCACUUCGUAAUCCAAAAUGGCAGCGAGUAGCAGACCGGGGAGCGAUGUGGGAUGGACAAAAUGGCAAAUUGCCAUAGCAGUCGGAGCCCCUAUUGCAGUUGCAGGACUUGCAUUUGGUGCCUAUUAUCUUACUCGAAGUGGGAGUCCAGGAGAAAGCGCAGAUUCUAAGUCAGGAACUGCAGGAAAUUCCGCUGGAAAAGCUACUAAUGGCGAAGGCGAUGCGGGAAAGAACAGCGUGGAACAGGCCCAGACCCCUAUAGAGCAAGCACAGGCAGCCAAGCUACGAGGCAACAAGUACUUCAAGGCGGGUCACUACGAGCAAGCCAUCAAGCUUUAUUCCCAAGCCAUUGAGAUCUGCCCCAGGGACAACCUCAAGGAUCUAUCCACGUUCUAUCAGAAUAAAGCGGCUGCACAUGAACAAAUGAGCAACCAUGCCCAGGUAGUGGAGGAUUGUAACAAUGCCUUGGAGCUCAACAAUAGAUACGUGAAGGCCCUCUUCCGCCGAGCAAAGGCCUUUGAAAUGAUGAAUGAAAUGAAGUGUUUGGAAGACGCAACUGCAGUGUGUCUCCUGGAAGGUUUUUCGCACCAGCAAGGCAUGUUUCUUGCCGACAAGAUGCUCAAGGAGAUCGGCAAGGAGAAAGCUGCAGAGAAAUACACGGAGAGAGUACCCAGCCUGCCAUCUGGGCAGUUCAUCCAGUCCUACUUCUCUUCAUUCUCCAACGAUGGAAUUUCAGCUACUGCUGACGAGGACUAUUGCUCUCCAAAUGACUUUUCAAGUACCGGUUAUGCCAAGGCCAAGUACUGCUUCAAAGAGGGGCGCUACGACAGCAUCAUCGACGCCUGCACGGACGAGAUUGACAGCGAAGGUUCCAAGCUUCCAGAGGCUCUCCUUAUGAGAGCGACCUUUCGUCUCCUCAAGGGUCUGGGGUCGUUAGCCAGGCCCGACCUGGAUAGCGUCAUUAAAUUACCAGAAGCCGAUAAGAAGUUGAAAGCUAAUGCCCUGAUCAAGCGUGGAAGCAUGCACAUGCAGGAGGGCCUACAGAAGGAGGCGAUGGCUGACUUUGAGCUAGCAGUGACCAUCGAUCCUAACAAUGCUGAUGUCUUUCAUCACAGGGGACAGCUCUUACUUCUCCUUGAGCGAGUGGACAAGGCGGUGGAGGACUUCCAGAAGUGCAGCCAGUUGAGCCCAGACUUUGCCCUGGCGCACGCCCAGCACUGCUACGCCAACUACCGCAUGGCCGUCAUGAUGCAGAGCCCCAUGCAGAUGCAAGCCGCCGUCAAGGGGCUGGAGGACUGCUGCAAGAAGUUCAGCAGCUGUGCAGAGGCCUUUGCUCUCUAUGCACAGUCACUCAAUGACCAAGGGCAGUUCCACCAGGCAGAUGAAAACUUCCUCAAAGCAGUGGCUUUAGAACCAGAUAACCCUACAGCAUAUGUCCAUCGUGGUCUCUUGUAUCUAGCAUGGAAGAAGGAUCCUGACCAAGCGAUUAGAAUGAUCCAGAAAGCACUCGAGAUAGACAGCAGAUGUGACUUUGCCUAUGAAACACUCGGUACUAUUGAAGUUCAAAGAGGGAACAUGGCGGCUGCUCAAGAGUACUUCAACCAAGCGAUAGAGCUGACCAGAACUGAGAUGGAGAUGGCGCACCUCUUCUCGCUCAGCGUCGCGGCCCUGGCGCAGAGCAACGUCACCACCAAGUUCGGCAUCUUACCACCAUCUGCUCUACGAACGUGAGAGACCGCAAACCACCGUACAUGAAUUGAUCUAUAAAUGUUGUUGGUUGCGUGGAUAAAGGCCCUUGAGACAGAUUCUGGCUAGGGAAUUGAAUUUCUUGUUUAUAACUGAUGGAGGAAAUGAGCGCAUCUGUAAAACUAGAACUUUUGGCUGCUUGGAACUUUCUUGAAUUUGAACUCGUGGACCAGAUUCCCUAAAGUUUCAUGCCUCAAAAUGAUAGAAAUAGAAGACUAAAUUUUUCAAAAUUCUGGUGAGUUUAGUGGAAGAAAAUGACCAUCAUCAAAGUUGUGCAAUUCCUGGUUGCCAAAGUUUAUAGUUUUGCAGUUAAAUUGAGUUUUUUUGACAAUUUUCUGUCAUGACCAGACCCAAGUUGAGCUUUAAAGUCUACCAAUCACCGAAACAUGUUUUUCUCUCGGAUGUAAGAGGGUUCCAUGCCGCUAUACUGUAUUCAAAAUAUGAGCUUCAAAUAGUACUUCUACAAGGAUACGUUGCAAGUUAAAUACAUUCCCAGUGCGCAGUCAUUCAUCUUGCAAUGUAGACUAGUUGAUGCAUGCAUACGCAUUUGCGUAGAAUAGAACGCAGACAGGACCCGAUUUGGACAUGGGUACCUUUAAUUUCUUCAUACUCCUUAAAGGGAUAGUUGAGUUUGGGUAUAGAGGGCGCUACACAAAAUAUUUUGUUGUAAGAUCGGAUUUAAUCUAAAUUUUACACAUUUUGGGGUCUAAAAUUACCUUCACAGCAAUUUUAGGUCCUAAAACGGCUCUAGAAAUGUCAUAAAUAAGAAUAAGAGCAAUAGCCAUGCACUUUGAAGGCAUUUGUGGUCUUUAAACAAGAACUUAACUGUCCCUUUAACUGUUUACCUAUAGAAUUCCAGGCUAAGUUUUGUGGGGUGUGGUUUUAUACAUCCUACCUCACACAAAUUAUUUUUGUCAGGAGAUUGGUACACUAUAAUUGCUCUCUGGUGUUUAUUUCAGAAUAUUAUUCAAAUUACCUUCAUUGCUAUGUGUGAAACUGUAAUUUUCUUUUCAGUUCAAUGAAUAGUAAAAGGAAAUGUUUGUAUUUGUAACAGGGAUGCCAUUUUUUUUAUAGCUCUGACACCUCCCAAUUUAAGUCUUCAUAUUGUACAAAACUUAUGGGACUCCAACACUUUCCAAGUCUUUUGUUUUUAUAAGAUGCAUUGGAUGAAGAAAAAAACUCUUGUCCCUGUUGCACAAAGAGUUGUUGUACAGUCAAACCUGUCAUAAGGGCCGUUUUCCAGGCAGCCAUUGUUAAGAUAUAAGGAGUGAUUUUGAAGGAUCGUCUUCAGGGAUUGUCUGAUUUCUGUUACCCCCUGAUAGCGAUGAACACUUUAUAAUUAAUUCCAGCAUGGGCCCUGCUUCAUGAAUCUUGAUAUCAUCAACAAGUUACAAUGGAUGUUAUAAGCUACUGAAAUAGCGGCAUCUGAUGGGCAAUCUAGCAUUUGUUCUUGAUAACGAGUUUGAUGAAAUGGGGGCCUCAUGUUGAGAAUGCACAAUUGUUUAUUGCCUAAACACUGUCCAACUGCAUGGCAAUACUUGUGAGAGUACAGUUUUUAUUCCAAUGCUAGCACCGAACUCAAAAUCACUCGGCAGUUCAUCGAACUACAACAAGCACAUUUGGGGUCUCCCUUGAAAUUGGUUUCUCAUUGAAACAUGUACUAAAGGAACCUGUCUACAAAGACCAUCUGUCUACAAAGAUCACUUUUUGUGUUUCCCUUGGGCGGUCGCUGUAGACAGGUUUGACUGUAUAAUAAAUGAAUAUAACAGGGCCGUCAAUUAAAAGUGAGUAUAAAUGUUGUUUAAAACUGAUUUGAAAAGUACUGUUUUUGAAUGAUAUCCUAUGGGACAUGUCUGCAUGGAGCCAAAUUUGUAUGACAGGUACUUUGUGAUUGUAAGAAUACGUUAUGGAAUAGCUUUUAAAAAGUUGUCAACUACCUAUCUGUCAUAGAGUUUCAUCAAAUAGGAUUAAGUAAGCUAGAUUACAUGGCUUCUUUGCAAUAUAAAUGAUUUUUUACUUGAUUUUUUUCUCCGCUGGGAAAAAUAGUCUAAAGGGUAGUCAAAGCCAUGCGAAUGUUUAAUUUUAUUUUUUACUGCUUGCUUGCGUUUAUAAUCACAUAUCUUCAUAGCUGUUUUGCUUUAAAACUGUAGUAUUCUUGCUUUCUUAAACUGAUGGAGUAAAACAUUUGAAACAUAAAGCAUGUUACUGUUAGUUAACUUGCAUGAAUGGAAUAAUUGAUAACUAAAUUCAGACCACAUCUCGACAAAUCAUAUUAGAUCAUUUGUGAAUUGGCAAUUCUAUUGUAAAAAUGAAUUAAAUCAGCUUUUGAAAGGAAAUAUUUAAAUCUGACCAAAUUGAAUCUCUUCUUCGUUAUAAAACUCCAAAUGGUCUUUCUUUCAAAUUCUUGUUAUAUUAUUAACAGGGUUAUGAAUUUCAUUGAUUCAACUGUAUACAUAUAUCUCAUGUGAUUUUUGUAUAUUUUUUCAUAUAUUGUAUACUUCAAGAGUAUGCGUAUCAAUCACUUUUGACUGGUAACAUGUGUAUCUACGAGUUUGGUCUGAGGUUUGUUGCUCAGCAAUGCCUGUUUAUGUUGACUAAACAAAAUGUUCUCUUGUCGGGCCAGAUCCCCCCCCCCCCCCCACCCUCUUUUACUAAGAUUGUGUUCUUUAUUAUUUUAACCCAUGGAGAAUGGUGUAUCUAUCGUUUGGCUCCAAUUGCCUGUUGAGAGUUGGAAUGAGACACUGUUUCAUAAAACUUGGCCCAAAAUUGUUAUAAGCUAAUGAAAUGAUGGCAUCUGAUUGGCUGAGAGCAAAUUUGUCGUAGAAAUGUAGCAUUCGUUAUGAAUAACAAGUUUUAUGAAACAGCCCAGAAUAGGAGAUAAUGAAAUGGGAAUACGAAAUGUGCCGAAGCAGGUUUUUGAGGCAGUUUUAUCACAUCAUAUUAUAGCCACUAAAUAGCCACAAACAGCAAUCCUAAGACUCAUUGGGUAAACCGUGAUAACAGUAUUAAGUCGUGUUUAAGGUACCAAGUGAUGGGGAACAGUGCUCAAAGCACUGUCAAAUAAAGUCAUAUAUACUGACCAAAACAUUGUUAACAGUAUUUUUUUGAAGUUAACCUCACUGUAUUAAACACUUAAUUUUUGGCUAUCAGCAGACAAUUUUAAAAGAUCCUUGAUCAUUACUAGAUUACCCUUCUGCUACAUUUCAGCUUUAAAUUUCCCAAAUUAGCCUAAUAUUUGUUAUAUUUUUAAAUUAUCUGCUUCGUAGAUAUAUAAUUGCAUGUAUCCAUUCAAGAAUGUCAGAGGGUCAUUUGAGGGAAUGAAUGGGAAACAUUCCAAAAAUGAAUUGAGGGUGUUUCCUUUGCAAUCGUUUUGUAUGUGUAUGCAUUAAUGCUGAGAAAUUCUGCACCUGAAGACGGAAGACCAUGUGAAUUUAAGUGAAAAGUAGUCGGAAGUAAAUAUAUUUGACCUGUGUGACAGUUUCACUGUGCAUGUCCAAACACCCCCCUCAGACAUGUGCAGGCAGACUGAAGCUAGCUGCUAGUUUUCUGACAUUUCCUGCCUCUGCGUUGUGAAUGUCGGACAACUGUGACCCGUUUCACAAAGCCUUUUUUCAAUUACAAAUGACAAAAAUCAGUGACAAAUCUGCUGAUAACCAAUCAGAAGCUAGGAUUUCAGUAGCUUAUUACAAAAACUGUCAUUUGUCUCUGAUGACAAGUUUUGUGAAACGCCCCCUGGUCUUUGACCCGUCCCUGUUUUCAGACAUGUCAAUAAACUCAUUUCUUAAUCUGAUGAAAGCAUUCAACCAUGAAAUUAAAAAUGUUUCUAAAUUUAAUAGGGUUUAUUACUCGCUGCCAUCUCCCUUUUAUAUGGAUCUCAUCUCCAUAAAUUGAGUGUUCUUACCAAUUUUUCUUUAUCCUUAGGUUUAUAACAGCCUUACAUAGAAAACAAAUGUUUACCAUUUAUAAAAUACUAAUCCUUUAUGUGUGAGAAAUGUCCAAAUAUAUAUCGAGAUUUGUGUUUUCUUAAUUUUUUUCGUUCUCGUUUCAUCAAGAACACAUUUUUAUCAUUCUUGUGAUUCUCGGGCUAAAUUAAUUGUCUCGAGCGGAAAAGUAUAAUUUAUGUUGUGAAAUGUGAGAAUGGUAUUGUAUGAUAAUACAGUAUAUUUGAGGAGGAGAAGAAGAGACAAAAUCUGAAAAUAUGUUCUAAAUUGUAUUAUUCGUGAUUGGAAUACACUUUAUUUCUCUGGUCUUCUGUGGAGAACCAUUGAAAAGAAGAAAAAUUAAUAAAAAAUGGUUCUUUUAUAACAGAAACUUACAUCAAAGUCUACAUGUUUAUUUUUAUGAUUGCACAUAUCCUCACGUUGUGUAUAAUGCAUAUUCAUAUAUACAGAUGGUAAAACUAUUGUUAUUUAGUUUUAAAUACAUGUAUAAAGAUGUUCAAUCUUAUAUUCAAUAUUUAAGAGUUGCUGUAAAUAGAAUUUGGGAAAACAUC